AGUUAUUUCCUGGCCACCGUGGCCAACUUCUGUCAGAGGGUGGAGGAUUGUGAAGGGUGGGGUUUAAUCAGUCGAACACAUCACCGCCACAAAUUAAGAAUCGCUGUAAUCGCGUUAUUCACAAAUCCCACCAUGUCCACGGCGUUCAGGUCUUGCUUUGUGCUCGGCGGCUUUAUCUUAGCGUACAUCACUUAUUUGAUAUUGGGAGCGCUUAUUUUCUCUGCCAUCGAGCGGCCCGUCGAAGAGACCCUGAAAUCAGACCUGAACUCUCUGAAAGCCGAGUUCCUCAACCUGAGCUGCAUCAACGCCACGGCUCUUGAAAGUUUCUUAGAUAGAGUUUUAAAAGCGAAUAAAUACGGCGUGUCGGUCCUUGAAAACGCCUCGCUCCGUACGAACUGGGAUUUGGCGUCUUCUCUGUUCUUUGCCAACACGAUGGUCACGACAGUGGGAUACGGCCACACUACGCCACUCUCUGAUGCGGGUAAAGCGUUCUCCAUCGUGUAUGCUUUGAUCGGAGUGCCCUUCACCAUGCUCGUGCUCACAGCCUGUGUCCAGCGCCUCAUGCACCCUCUGACCUACGGGCCGAUCUCCAUAUGCCAGCAGAGGGCAGGCCUGCAGCCCCGCGCAGCCAGCGUCGUGCACUUCAUCGUACUGCUGGUCCUGGUGGUGCUCGGCUUCUUCGUGAUACCUGCGCUGGUGUUCAGCGCCAUAGAAGAAUCCUGGUCUUUCUUAGACGCCUUCUACUUUUGUUUCAUCUCCCUCUGCACUAUAGGACUGGGGGACUUUGUGCCAGCAGAAAAGCCAGGACAGAGACUCAGAGCUUUGUACAAGAUAUCAGUCAUGGUGUACCUGUUUGUGGGUUUGAUGGUCAUGUUCCUGGUCCUUCGCACUUUCCACAAGCUUGCAGAUGUGUACGGGUGGACCGCUUUCUUCCAGCUGCCAAGUUACGAGGAGGAAGAUGAGGAUAAAGAGCCAAUAAUAGAUCGCGGGCCUGAUGACGAAUCACCUGAGGCUGAGAAGGCCUCACAUAAGCCUCUGGAUCCCAGCUCUCAAGUGUCCUACAACUCGAUAAAUAGAUAAAAUACUAGAUCUUUCCUCAUUCAAAUAAGGUGACUUGUUUGUAAAUUAUUUGAACAUCAACACGUUGCAAUUUAACAGCUUGCCUCUGCAGCACCUCCAAGAUCAAGACAAUCGAGUAUGAACGUGUGCAAUACAGUACACCUCACUGUUGGGCAGAACUGCUUCUGAUGUUAUGUUGGAACAAAGCAUCAGGGUGGAUUGUAACAUUUUCAUGAACCAAUAUUUGAACCAAUAUUUGUUUUUUCCCCUGUUUGGAGUUUCCAAAUUUGAUCUUCAAGGCUUAAGGAAAUUGAAAACUUGCUCAUUGUGUCAUAAGUGUGAAUCUUCUCUAGUGUUGUUUUGUUUAGGAUUUGUAUCUGAUGGCUAUUUUCAUAUUCUAAUGUAUUUCCAGAUUAUUAAAUGACUUUUUUUUUUUGCUUGGACCAAGACCUCUCUGGACCAUAGAAACAGGAAGAGAUAGCACCCGUCCAGUAUUGUUCAUCAAUGAGUGUGAAAUAAAUUGAAUCAUUGUUUUCAUAGCUAGUUAAUGGUUUUUGAUGUCCAGAGAUGUGGAGAACUUCAGAUGCACUUUAUAAUUGGCUUUUUACACUUUAUAUUUGACAGCCAAUGACUGUUAUGCUGGAAACAGUCUUUUUGUCUUUAUUGUAGUACUGUACAUUCAUUAAUUAUUCUUUGUAUCAUUGCCAUUGUAUAGUAAAUGUUGGAUGGUAGGGAACAAAAAAAAGGUGCCUGAUUUUCACGUCAGAACAAAAGGUGUUUUAAGAAAUGCAUGCACAGAAAAAAAAUAAAAACUGUUUUGGUA